AUGGCUCUCAAGCGCAUUAACAAGGAACUCGUUGACCUCGGCCGGGAUCCUCCCUCAUCAUGCUCCGCUGGACCCGUCGGCGAUGACCUGUUCCACUGGCAAGCCACCAUCAUGGGACCUACCGAUUCCCCAUACAGUGGAGGAGUCUUCUUCCUUGCAAUCCACUUCCCCACCGACUACCCCUUCAAGCCUCCCAAGGUCAACUUCACCACUAAAGUCUACCACCCCAAUAUCAACUCCAACGGCAGCAUCUGUCUAGACAUCCUGAGGGACCAAUGGAGCCCCGCUCUCACAAUCUCUAAGGUGUUGCUCUCUAUUUGCUCGAUGCUCACAGACCCCAACCCGGAUGAUCCUCUGGUGCCCGAAAUCGCGCAUGUCUACAAGACCGACCGACCACGGUACAAGGAAACUGCCAGGGAGUGGACGCGCAAGUACGCUAUUUGA